UUUGUUCAGCUCCACCCCUUGUGGCCCGGCGGUUUCCGCUCUGCCCACCAGCCUCAGAGCCAGCUCUGGCUCUGCCAUAAUGGGGCUGCCCCUGCCAGGGCUGUGGCUGAAGAGGCUCUGGGUGCUCUUUCAGGUGGGCCUGCACGUGGCCAUGGGCAAAGUGCUUCUGACACUGUUUCCCAGAAGAGUCAAGCAGAACAUCCUGGCCAUGAGUGAGAAGACUGGCAUGGCCAAGAAUCCCCACUUCUCCUAUGAAAACUGGAUACCCACUUUCUUCAGUGCCCAGUAUUUCUGGUUCAUCCUGAAGGUCCGUUGGCAGCGACUGGAGGACAUGACGGAGCAAGGGGGUCUAGCCCCAAACUGCCCCGUGGUCCGCCUGUCAGGACAGAGGUGCAACAUCUGGGACUUCAUGCAAGGCAACAGGCCACUGGUGCUGAAUUUUGGAAGUUGCACCUGACCUUCAUUUAUUUUCAAGUUUGACCAAUUCAAGAGACUUAUUGAAGAUUUUAGUUCCAUAGCAGAUUUUCUCAUCAUUUACAUUGAAGAAGCACAUGCAUCAGCUCCGGGUGACGCUGAAGCUGCGGACGGGGGACCACACUUUGAGGACCACUGCUCUGGGCCAGCUUCUACCUGGGGCUGGGAUCCUUUCUUCAGCCCCUAAUAGGUGAUGACGCAUCUUCAUUACCUCAUGAGAAAUCUUGCUCCUUUGCUACACAGCUCUGUUUGUGAGAAAGUCCUUCCUUACAAUGGGCAGACAUGUCCCUUCCUGAAACUUCUACAGCUUGGUCUAAGCCCCUUGAACUUUAUAAGAUGGUCAGACACAUCCCUGUCUCCCUGAUUUUCAUGCGGACUGAACACAUGAGUUUGGCCCAAGUCUCAAACCCAGAGAUUGGAGAAGGCAAGAAGGCUCAUGUGGCUAAGUGGGACGAGUCCUUUACUCACCCAUCUCCCCACAAGAUGAGAGGCUGUUUUGAUCAUCUGUCACCCAGCACCUGGCACAGUGCAUGUCACAGAGUCAGUGCUCAGUAAUAGUUGGGUGAAUAAGUGAGAAUUUAGGCCAGUAUUAGCCUUGCUGGCUUAUCCAUGUGUUGUAAGCGUAGACACUGCUAUUGAUUAGUUUUCAGCAAAGCUGGUCCAGCAGCCCUUUCCCCAGUGUGGUCCUUAGAUCCCUCAUGUCUGAUCCAUCUGGGUUGCUUGUUGAAAAUGCAUAUUUCAGGGCCCCACCCUAGGCCCACUGCAUCUUAAUUCAUGUGAACCCAGAGGUUGGAGAACUGCUUUCAACCUAACACUGUGUUCAUUUAGCUGGCCAUUUCUAUCCUCAUGUAAGGCUUUGGGGCAACUUAAAAUAUUAGCGUAGGGUAACAGGUACAUGGAGAUUCAUUAAACUGUUCUCUCUACUUUUACAUAUAUUUGAACAUUUCCAAAAUAAAAUUCAAAACAAACAGCAUAGGUAUCAGGAGAGCAAAGGCAAGCACAAUGUGUCUCUUUGUUAAAGACCCUUCGGGAGAGCAGCUGCCGUCAAUUAAAGAAAGAGAACUUGGGCACCUACAGGUGUCUGUGGUCUCCACCGUUGAGAAGAGGCGAUGCCUUGAUGUUCUCAUAGCUGAUGGCCAAAGCGCUGCCGAAGCUGAUUUACCUGUGGGGUCAGCGCUGCUCAGUCUUUAAAGUGCACUUAAGUCACCUGGUGAUCUUAUAAAGAUGCAGGUUCUGGCUCAGUGGGGCUGCGGAGGGGCCUGAGACUUGGCAUUUUUACGCAGCUCCCCAGGUGGUGCUGAGGCUGCUAGCGCAGGGACCACACUUGGAGUAAUAAGGUGGUAGAGGAUCCUGCUUUGAGCUCUAAAGGUACACAUUGCAACAAAAGGGGUUGGAUCCUCCCAGAAAUUGUUUCUGGUCCUGAUACCUGUCUCCUCCCCCAUUCUCCUGGAAUCAGACUAGCAGGUUUAACCCUUUCCUGGACCCAGGGCUGUCCACCUCAAGCCACUGAGAAAUUUCUCCUGAAAGCUGGGUUUCCUAGGGGAAAGGUACUGAGCAGAGAGGACUCUGAAGCAUGGAGCAGGUGGGGCCAGUUCUGCUGAUGGAGUUCAGCAACUUAUAUUACCCUGGGAGGCAACUAUUAGUAUAAAUGCAAGCCACGUGGCUUCUGAAAGAACCUUCUACCCAAGUAGAAGGGCAAGGCCAGUAGCAGUUUAUGGUUAUUUUUUCAACCUGUGGGCCCAUUAGCUAAUGAGUACCCUCUCUUUAAGUAGGCAGAUGGGCACCUCGCAAACGAGGCCAAUUGAAAAUCCCCUUCCAUUUAAAGUGAAGCAGCUUAAAUGGGUUUGGUUUGGGGGUGGGGGUGGGGCAUCUCCAGAGCAAAGUAGUAGAAUACCUGCAGUAUAGAAUGAAAACUGCAAAAAAAAAAAAAAAAAAGAAAAAAAAGAAAACCGGCUUCUUUCCCACCUGUCUGCUAUUUGGGGGCAGUCAGGCAAAACAAACCAAUAUCUUUCAAGCACCUACUAUGAACCAGGCAGAGUACUGGGAAUUCUGCAAUGUUCUCUCAUGUAGGCCUCACAGCCAUCUGCAACGUAGGUUCUGUUAAUCCCAUUUAACAGAUGGGAAAACUGAGAAUUUAAAGAGCUCGCCCAAUAUCACACAGCUGGGUGUGUCAGGGAAGGCUUCCUGGAGGAGAUGGUGUUACAGCAGUGGUUCUCAACUGAGGGUAAUAUUUGUCCUGCAGGGGUAUUUUGUAAUGUAUGAGACAUUUUUGGUUGUCACGAAUUGACGGCAGGGGGACGCUACUGACAUCUAGUGAGUAGAGGCCAGAGAUGAUGCUCAGUGCCUUACAACACACAGGACAGCCCCCGUAUCAAAGAAUUAUCUAGCCCAAGUUGUCAAUAGUGCCAAACUGGAGAAGUCCUCCAUCUGCAACCCUCAGUUAAAAGUGUGUGUGGCGGGGGUGUAUUUGGCCGGCAGGAAGUAGGUGCCAUGCCUGUGGGGCUGCUGUCCGGCCUUUCUCUUACAGAUGGCUGGGCUUUUAAGAACAACGUGGACAUCAAGAAUCACCAGCAUCUCCAGGACCGCCUGCGGGCAGCCCGCCUGCUGCUGGACAGGAGCCCCCAGUGCCCCGUGGU